GGAGAGCCCUGUCUCCUGGCUCCCAGUCCCACUGCUGCCUGGCCCUGCAAAAUCACAGGAGACUGCGAGUGUGCGUCCCCAGGCAGCAGCUGAGACAGUGCAGAGAUGAAGAGGCUGUGGGGCGGUGUCCUGGAGCUGCUGCUGCUCCUGGGUCUAUGUCUAUCUGGUGUCUCCUGGGCCCAGAGCAGCUGCACCGGCCACCCAGCCAUCCCUGGCAUCCCAGGCAUCCCUGGAGCACCAGGCUCCUAUGGCAAACCUGGAGUCCCGGGGAUAAAGGGAGAGAAAGGGCUGCCAGGGCUAGCUGGGGACCAUGGAGAGUUUGGAGAGAAAGGGGAUCCAGGGAUCCCUGGGAACCCCGGGAAAGUUGGCCCCAAGGGCCCUAUUGGCCCCAAGGGCACCCCAGGACCCCCUGGAGCCCGUGGCCCCAAGGGUGAAUCGGGAGACUACAAGGCCACGCAGAAAAUCGCCUUCUCCGCCAAGCGGAACCUCAACAGCCCCCUGCGGCGAGACCAGGUCAUCCGCUUUGAGCACAUGAUCACCAACGAGAACAACAACUAUGAGCCUCGCAACGGCAAGUUCACCUGCAAGGUGCCGGGCCUUUACUACUUCACCUACCAUGCCAGCUCUCGUGGCAACCUGUGCGUCAACCUCGUGCGCGGCUGGGAUAAGAUGAAGAAGGUGGUCACUUUCUGCGACUAUGUGCAAAACACCUUCCAAGUCACCACGGGCAGCGUGGUCCUCAAGCUGGACCGGGGGGAAACCGUGUACCUGCAGGCCACCGAAAAGAACUCCCUGCUGGCCAUGGAUGGUGCCAACAGCAUCUUCUCGGGCUUCCUGCUCUUCCCAGAUGCAGAUGCCUGACCUGGCUGGGCAGACUCAUGACUACCCAACCCUCAGCGCUGCGCCCGCAGCCCCCCUCCCCUCCUCUCCAGCAACACUCACUCCAUCCCCAACACCCACAGCCCCACCCCUGCCAAAGCACACAGCAGGCCUCUCCGGAUGAGGCUGAAGAAACCAUUAAAUUCUUUCUCCAAGAA